AGCACUUUUCUUCCACAGCAGAGUUUGGAAAGGUCAGAGAGAGUGCAAUCGAAUCGGCAGCUCUCUGACAACAAAGAUCAAAGAAGAUGGAUUUUUAAACCCCCUUUUAUCGUGCCUUGUGUAAUCUGGCGUAGUUAUUAUGCAGAAUACUGCAAGCUUUUUUUCUCAAAGUUCAAUUUAAGCCCCUAUCGGGGUUGCUGUGCGCUCGCUAGCUUGGCUUUAACCCUUUGUCGUCUUAAUCGCGCCUGACUGGAUCUUAUUUUCAACAAUCAUCCCUUCAGAAAUGGAUUUUGAAGCUGCUCCAGGCGACGUCAACCCUGUAGAUGAACCAGUCCUCAGACCUCCUCGGGUCUCUCUGCCGGGGGUCGGGGCGAGGGGCUCCCCCUGCGUGAAGAGCCUGGCCUCCCCGGGACCCAUGGCAGUGCUGUCUCCUGUGACCAACCUGGCUCUAAACUUGAAUAACCUCGCCGUCCUUGGAGGUCAGUGUGAGACACCAAAGCGGAAGAAACCUUUGCCCCUCCUGAAGAUCCCGUCCUUCGCCUCUGAUGCCUCUUCAGAUUCAGGUCUCGGGCUAGAGUCUCCCAGCCCUUUGGACACUCUGGAUGCUGAGCAGAAGUUUGAGAAGGCCAUGCAGGAUGCCACGCGAGCAGUUAUUGAAAAAAUGCCCAUUCGCAGGAUACACUCUUUGCCACUGCAAUUUUUGGGUCACAGUCCCAAUUUAAAAAACAAAGAACCAGAUCCCUCUCGCUAUGGAGUGUGGACUCGUACAAAUGGCAGCGACAACAAAGAGAACCUGGCUGAGGAGAAUUUUGAGUUCAAGAAGCCUUCCAUGCCGGCAUCACGCUGUCGUGCGCGGUCCACUGGAGGCACCAAGGAUGCUUUUGCCUGCCGACCCAACUCUGCUCCUGCUUUAAUGCUUUCCCCACCUUCCAAUCAGCCCGACUCUUCAGAUGAGAGCAGUCCCUUCAUAUUGCGCCGCCCCUCUCUCUCCUGUCUCCACGAUGAUGACGAUGAUGAUGGCUUCUUAGAGGGGCUGGAUGAUGUGGAGAAUGACUCUGAGGUUCCUUUUGGAAUGGACAGCCUUCUCACAGCUCCUCUGGUGGCUAAACAAAGUACUGACUGUAAUUAUUCGCCUGUUGUUCGCUGCCGUCCACGUGGGUUGUUCCGAUCUCCCUCUAUGCCAAACCCUGUAGGGCGUAUCCCACUAAAGAGACCCGAGAGGCCACAGGAUGAGAACACACCUGUCAGAGUAAAGAGGAGGCGGAGCCUGGCAGGGACCCAAGUUGCACCCACAGAGCAGGAGGAUGUUAUGCCUCAUCAGGUUCAAAGGUCAAAGUCUUUUAAUCAUGCACAGAUUGAAAGCAUGUUGGCUACAGAUCCCAGUAAUGUGAUUGGAGAUUUCACCAAGGCUCCUGCUCUACCCACAGUAGAAGGAAAACACCAAGAGUUGAAAUACAUCACUCCAGAUAUUAUGGUUAAAGCAAUGAACGGGCAGUUCAGCGAUCUGGUGGAGAGGCUGUUUGUCAUCGACUGCCGCUAUCCUUAUGAGUAUGAGGGCGGGCAUAUUAAGGGUGCCCUUAACCUCCAUCAAGAGGAUGAAAUUGAAGGCUACUUUUUAAAGAAUCCCAUUCUCCCAGAAUGUCCCAAGAAGCGUGUCCUGCUGGUUUUCCACUGUGAAUUUUCAUCUGAACGCGGUCCACGGAUGUGCCGUUACGUUCGACAGAGAGAUCGCGAUUUGAAUGAGUACCCCAACCUCCAUUACCCUGAACUCUAUAUCCUGAAGGGAGGAUACAAAGACUUUUUCCCACUUCAUAAGUCGGUCUGUGAACCCGAGGCUUAUAGGCCGAUGCAUCAUGAAGACUUUAAAGAAGACCUGAGGAAGUUCCGCCUUAGGAGCCGCACCUGGGCUGGAGAACGCAGCAAGAGAGACAUGUACAGCCGUCUCAAAAAUCUUUGAGACUCGUGCUCACAUUCCCUCAUCAUUUCACUGCCUUUACUUGCUCAUAAGCUGCCCUCACACACGAGACAUGGCAGAGACCUGAAGACGUGUGUUUGAUGGGAACAGUUGUUGGUUUUCAGGGUUUGGUAUUUCUUUAGUACCACAACGUCAGAUGAGGUUGAGAGGCUAUUCUGUAUCUCUGCACAUUUGGUUUGAUCUUAUCACUUUUAAACUGUUGGGUUUUAUUAUUUUUUUUAUAACCACCCUGAUCUCCCUUUAGAAACACACAGCUACAUGUCACUGUCAUUUCUUACACAUACACGUUUUAACUAACCUGUAUUUUUACCCCCCCCCCCCCCCCUUUUUUUUUUUUUCUUUUGUUCACUGGCCUAUCCUAACUUGUAUGUCAGAUUAAAUAAUGACUCUUUUAACUUGCCACCCCCCCAUAGAGCACUUUUCCCCCCCGUUUUAAUUGUAGUGGUGAUUUAUGCAUUAAUUUUGCCCCCUCUUCCCCUUGCAGGAGAACUAAAGAUUACAUUUGUUUUAUAAAUUGGUAAAAAGUAGAAUGUCACAAUUAUGCAAAUUCUCAUAUUGUAAAAUAAUGACUUAAAUUUUUACCCAUAUAUUUUCAGAAAUGUGUAAAGCAUUCUGUUGAUGAUGACCAUAUUGCUUUGACUGUCCUGGUUUGAGUUUUUAGAAAUUGAACAUUCAAUAAUUGGUUUUGGGGGGAGCUAGCAAAAAUUAUUAUUAUUAUUUUAAUUUUUUUUUUUUCCCUCACUUGGCCAACAGCUCUAACUCAGGGACAGGAUCCUGAAUUUUGCUGCUGGUCAGCAAGUGAUGACCACAUCAAAGUUCACCAAAAAGUUCUGAAAUUAUAUUGUUAUAUUUGUUUGUAAACCAGUGACAGUUAAGAGUUACAAUUCUCACUCCCAUGCAAGUGUGUUUUGUAAAUUUUCUCUUCCUGAGUGUAUGUUUUAUUGGUUGUGUAAAUGAGAGGCUGGUUUUUGUAUUCCUGAAUAAACUUGGAGUUUGGGGUAAUAA